AUGUCGGGAAACGAGCGGCGUGCCUCCCCGCACACCGUUUCAGACAACAAGACGGUGUCUUUUGGCUGCAACUUCACGCAGCAUGUCGACAUCCUCGUCUACCCGGAGCAGUACCACCACUGGCUCAAGCAAAUCUGCGCCUGCGCAACAGAGGCCGGUCUCCUGAACCACCUCGAGAACAAGGCUCAACGACCCGUGCCCGCCAGCAUGAAGCAAGUCAAUUUCGACAAGGAGCGAGCGGUGCUCAACAGCCUCAUCUUCGACAGUGUCGGCGUGAAGCUCAAGGACGAAGUCGCGCAGAGGCUCAACCAGAACCUGGGCGUUGCCCGGCCUGCGGACGUCAUCCGAGCCGUCAGGCUUACCAUCAUAAGCCCGGCGUUUUACUACCACGCGCUUGACAAGUUCAUGCAGUUCCGGCAGCUCUAUGAUUCGGCGGAGGAUCCAGUGUUCAGGCUGCGGCUGCUGCACCGGGACUGGGACUUUCUCAAGGCGUGCGAGAUGGGCACCUCUGACGAUGUCUACGUGUCCGUCGUCCGGCGCUACCUGGAGCGCACCCCUUAUGCCGAAGGCUUCCGCGUCGAAGUCACCGAGCAUGCGGCGCUCGGCGAGCUGACGGCCGAAUACGUUCGGACCUGGCUCCGGUACACGUUUCGCGUGCCUGAGCUCUGA